UGCUAUAAAUUUCUGAACUCUGCCCUCCGGCCACAUUCUUCCAAGAUCUUCUCUAGUUCUUCAGGGAGGUCAUCCAGCGAGGACUCACGUGCACAAUGGUCUUUUGGUCUGCAAUGAUUGGAGGCGCCGUGGCCGUGGCAUCCGCGCCCGUGGUGCUCAGUGCCGUGGGCUUCACUGGCGCCGGGAUCGCAGCCUCCUCCAUUGCCGCCAAGAUGAUGUCAGCUGCAGCCAUUGCCAAUGGGGGAGGAAUUGCCGCGGGCAGCCUGGUAGCCACUCUACAGUCUGUGGGAGCAGUUGGCCUCUCCCUGACAGCUAAAGCCAUCCUGGCCUCCACUGGGUGUACCCUUGGGGCCUUGCUGGUGCCUUAGCUCAGGCUCCCUGCCCUCCAACUGCGUCUGCUGGGAAGAGGCCAUGAAGUGUGGGGCCUGACCCAGGCAGUGGGCCAACCUGUACCAGAGAAAGCCCCGAGCUUCCGGAGGAAAAUAAACAUUGGGUUCCAACAA